UCCUAUGUGGCUCUGAUCAGGUGGCUGCAGAGCUUCGGCUCACAGCAACACAAUGCAGCUGAGCAGGCAAGCACAGCCCACAGUCAGAAACCGUUCCCACUCUCCAGAACAAGACGACCUCUAAGCUUCAAGUUUCCCAGAGAAAAUGAGAUGCUGAUGUUGAAGACAACACUACGGCUUUGAUGGAAUAUCAAAUAUUGAAAAUGUCUCCUUGCCUGUUCAUCCUUCUGUUUCUCACACCUGGUAUUUUAUGCAUUUGUCCUCUCCAAUGUAUAUGCACAGAGAGGCACAGGCAUGUGGACUGUUCAGGCAGAAAUUUGACUACAUUACCAACUGGACUGCAAGAGAAUAUUAUAUAUUUAAACCUGUCUUAUAACCACUUUACUGAUCUGCAUAACCAAUUAACUCAGUAUACCAAUCUGAGGACCCUGGACAUUUCAAACAACAGGCUUGAAAGCCUGCCCUCUCAGUUACCUCGGUCUCUCUGGAACAUGUCUGCUGCUAACAACAACAUUAAACUUCUUGAUAAAUCUGAUACUGCUUAUCAGUGGAAUCUUAAAUAUCUGGAUGUUUCUAAAAAUAUGCUGGAAAAGGUGGUCCUCAUUAAAAAUACACUAAGAAGUCUUGAGGUUCUCAACCUCAGCAGUAACAAACUUUGGACAGUUCCAACCAACAUGCCCUCCAAACUACAUAUUGUGGACCUGUCUAAUAAUUCCUUGACACAAAUCCUUCCAGGAACAUUAAUAAAUCUGACAAAUCUCACACAUCUUUACCUGCACAACAAUAAGUUCACAUUCAUUCCAGAUCAAUCUUUUGACCAACUUGUACAGUUGAAAGAGAUAACACUUCACAAUAACAGGUGGUCCUGUGACUAUAAACAAAACAUUACUUACUUAUUGAAGUGGAUGAUGGAAACAAAAGCCCAUGUGAUAGGGACUCCUUGUUCUAAACAAACAUCAUCUAUGAAGGAACAUAACACAUAUCCCACACCUUCUGGAUUUAUCUCAAGCUCAUUCACUGUAAGCGGGAUGCAGACAGUGGACACCAUUAACUCUCUAAGUAUGGUAACUCAACCCAAAGUGACCAAAAUACCCAAACAGUAUCGAACAAAGGAAACAACGUUUGGUGUCACACUAAGCAAAGACACUACUUUUACUGGCACUGAUAAGGCUUUGGUGCCCUAUCCAGAAGAUACAUCCACAGAAACGUUCAAUUCACGUGAAGCAGCAGCUGCAACUCUAACGAUUCAUCUCCAAGAUGGAAUGAUUACAGAUAAAAGCUUGACUAGAGCAACAAAGUCAUCCACAACACCUAUGACCCUAAGUAUCACUAGUGGCAUGCCAAAUAAUUUUUCUGAAAUGUUUCAACAAAGCACAACCCUUAACUUACGGAGGGAAGAAACAACAGCAAAUGUAAAGACUCACUUGCCUUCUGUGGCAAAUGUUUGGAAAGUAAAUGCUUCAUUUUUCUUAAUGCUCAGUGCUGUAUUCAUGCUGGCUGUUUAAGGGUCUGCAUUUUCUGAAACUAAUAUUUUCUGAAACUAAUGAAAGCACUUCUCCCUGAUGUACAGUGGGUAAAUAUACCCUUAUCUAUAACCAGUGACUCAAGCUAUAUUAAGUAUUCAAGAAAGACAGUCUCACAUUUCUGACUCUGAUGUAAAUGAAGUAACUUGUCUUAAAUAAAAGAAGUGCACAAUGUCUUGGUACUUGCUGCUAUUUUACUGUCUUAAGUAAAACUAAUGAGUUUCUUUUUUAAUGAAAUUUUUUCUUUUUAAGGCUUCAAUUCAUUGCACAAAACAUAAGCAACUAAACUUUAAUAUGUAUUUCAUGUAUGUUUACAUUGUCAAACAUC